AUGGCAGGUCGAACGCCGAGUUUUAUUUUUGUUGGUAUUGUUAUGAUAGUAUGUCUUGUUGGAAUUUUUUAUAUGUCAUGUUCAUCACAAACAAAUGAAUUUCAAGAAACAUUAGCAAGUUUUGAACGACGCAUACGAACAUUAGCAGAAAAAAAUCUUGAGAAAGAAAAAGAAAUUGAAUCAAUUAGUGGAACUAUACGUGAUUUGGAAAACGAAAAAACAAAUAUUCAACAACAAAUAGAACAAAAAGAUUCAGAAAUCAAUAAUCUUAAUACAAAAUUAAAUGAAAGAAAAGCACAAAUUCAAAAUUUAAAAUACGAUAAACAAUUUCUUGAUAAUCAAUUAAUAGAAUUUAAAACUAUAAAUGAAACACUUGCUUCAAAAAAUAUAGCUAUUGAAAAAUUACAAGAAGAACUUGAUGAAGAAAAAAAAUCUCAUGAUGAACAAUUAAAUCGAUUGAAACAAGAAAUUAACAAUUAUGAAAAACAACUAAGUCAAUCACAAAAUAAUCAAGAAAAUUCUAUUAUACUUCCAAAUCAACGUUUUCAACCGUUAUUAUUACCUAAUGAAACAAUUAAAACUUCUUUAUUAGUAUCUCAAGAACCUUUAGCUCAAUUUAAUCAGAUUAAGAGUGAAAGUAAAGAAGAUAUUCCUAAUUCACUAACAAAUCAAACAAUUCCAACUAAUGAAAAACAACAAGAACAGCUGGAACUCAGCCGUAAUGAAUCAGUUUCUGUAUUACCUAAAAAUGGUUUAGUAGGUAAUAGUUUCACUAUAUUUAGACGUAUAGUUACUCGUAGAAGUAAAAAGAUUCAUUUAUUCAAAAACAAAAAGAUACAAGAUCAAGAACUGAAUAAUUCAGAUUUUCAUCAACGUUUACAACGAUCAUUGAAUAAUUCAUUAUUUGACAAUCAACUUCUUAAUGAUACUGAUAACAAUAAUAACAUGCGUCUAGAUAUUGGAAAUGCUCAGAAAACUAUAAAUAUUACUUCCAUUCCAUUUUUAAACGAAACAAAUAUUUCUAAUAAUCAAUCUCAAUUAUCAGCAGACAAUAAAAAUUCUCCUAUAGAUAAUUAUGAACAAAAUCAUCAAGUUAAAGAUGCUCAUGAACAGAGGAUAUUCAAUAUAGAUUAG